AUGGAUCAAAUUGUUGCGUCCGCGAGGAAUGCGACCCAGGUCGGGAAGCAGUUCGCCUCCAGCUCUGCCGGGCAGCUGGCGAGGAUCGAGGGCCUGGUGACGGUGGGCUGCCUCCUCGUCGGUGUCCUCGUCCUCUCCAACUCGAGGCGGCGCCACGACGGGCGCGCGCUGCCCAGGCUCCUCGUCUGGGGCGCCUUCAUGUUCAACUACCCGGUGAUCUCCUACACCAUCGGCCUGAUGCAGUCGUCGUCCAUCCACAACGAGCUCUUCGUCGUCUGGGCCUGCUUCCUCAUCCUCCUCCUCGGCAGCGCCGACACCAUGACGGCGUUCAACUUCAACGACAAAAGCCAGCAGACGAGGUCCAUGAUGAACCAGGCCCUGCACGUCGUCUACCUCCUCUUCCUCAUCCUCUACUACAAAUCCCAGCUCCGCGGCGUCUUCCUCGUCACCCUGUUCAUGCUCUGGUGCUUGAGCGCCGUGCGGCUGGGCCUGAGGGCCAAGGCGUACCGGUCGACGAACCGCUCCCGUGGCCUCAUCCGGGACAACCAGGUCGUGUUCGAUUACAUGAACUACGAGCCGCUCAACAGCGCCAGUGUCCGAAACGGCUCCUGGGACCCCAAAACCAUGGAGGAAUACAUCUACCUCGUCGACGGCAAGGAGGUGGAGAAGGUGCAUCAUGGGGAGCACCUCAUACGAGUGGCCUACAGGCCGGCCCCGGACACGGUGGACGUUGAGAGGGUCUUCCAGUGCAAAGGGAAGCUGCUGAGGUUGAGUGGCGGGGAUCGAGGCGCGGCGCGACGGCGGGACCUGUGCCUCUCCUUCGCCCUCUUCAGGAUGCUGCGAUUGAGGUUUUCCGUCGAUUAUGUCGGUCACAUCAACUUCCCUUUCCAGUACAGGAAGUGCCAUGACUUUGUCUUCAAGGGGAUCCUCGCCGACGACCAAGACCUCGACCGGGCGUUCCGGGUUGUCGAGGCCGAGCUCGGCUUCCUCUUCGACUUCUUCUACGCUCGGUACCCGUCGAUCAAGGACAGCCUGGCUCCUGACCUCGCCGUGUACGGCAUGAUCCUCGCGACUAGCUUGUACACCCUCUUCUCUCCGGACCUUCUCCGGUACAGGCCCGGAGAAGGCGGUGCGGCCAGCAACAUCCUCAUCCAUGGCUUCAACCUCGACCUCCUCGUCACCCGUAUGGUCAUCGUCUGGUACAUUUUCCUUGAGUCAUACCAGUUCAUGGCGUUCAUCUUCUCCGACUGGCACAAGGUGAAGAUGUUGUGCCGGUACGUGCGCAACGAGUGGUGGCAUGACAAGGUGCUCGUGGAGGUCCCUCUCAAGGUUCUGUGCUAUUUCAAUCUCACGAGGUACUGGAAGGGGGCCAUCGGCCAGUACUUCCUCCUCGAUAAUGUCCGUCCUCACUGGAUCAAGACCUUCCUCUCAUGGUUCUCCAUCGAGGCCCAACCCCUCGAUGCGUGGCUGAUGACUCGCUCCGCCCGCUUGACGCCGGAGGUGCGGCGUGCCGUGCUUCAGGAACUCAAGAACUGCGAUGGCAAGAUCACCGAUGGAAGCAUGUGUCUGUACCAGAGGGGCGUCGUCGACCCGGACCUCGAUAGGGACUGCAUGCACGGCCUGAUCUACGCCAAGUACAUCAUGACGUGGCACAUCGCCACGAGCAUCUGCGACUACGGGCUCAGCACGGGGAACGGCGCUGCCGCCAUAGACGAGCUCGCGAGGAACCACGAGGUCGCCAUGAAGUUGUCCGGGUACUGCGCGUACCUGCUCGCCUUCCGGCCGGAGCUGGUCCCGGACAGCACGUACAGGAGCACGUCGGUGGCCCGGGGCACGCUGCAGAACGCUCGUGACUUCCUCGCCGGCUGCGAGUCCCGUGAGGACAGGUACACGAAACUCAUCGAUCUGGGGCGCUUGAGCAGGCUGCUGUCCCACGACAACCGGCGGAGAGAACGGGCCGCCUUUGCCGACGGCCAGUCCCGCGGCGAGUCCCGCGAGGACGUCUUCAAGAAGGUGUCCGAGGUGGCGCGCCCGUGCCGCGGCAGCCCGGUGCGUGAGUACAGGUUGCUGGCGGAUGGCGCAAGCAUCGCCAUGUACCUCGUCGAACGGAUCACGGACGCCGGGGAGCGGUGGAAGUUGCUCGCCGCCUUCUGGGCGAACAUGAUGCUGUACAUCGCCCCAUCGGAUAGGGCGGUCGCGCAUGCCACCGGCUUGGCCACCGGCGGCGAGUUUAUAACCCUCAUAUGGGCUUUGCUCACACACGCCCACAUUAUCGAGGCGCCUCCAAAGUCGGAAACUCCGAAAUGA